CUCCAAUUUACAAUGCACGAAGGCAUGACUCUCUCUCUCUCUCUAGGUUUCAAGCCCUCAGGCCUCUUAUCAAGCUUUGAAGUUGAAAAUUUGAUAUUUCAAAACUAGCUAGAAAGAAUCUCAAAGUCUUGGAUCGUUUUGUGGUGUGAACUGUGGAAAGUGAGGGCUGCGGAACUUGUGGUUUGAAAUUGAAAAGGUUCAUCUUUUUUCUGUGAUGAUUACUUGGUUUACCGAUAUGUCAGUUUUGAUUAACAUUAAGAUUCAUUUCAUCAAUCUUAGUAUUUUAUUUAUUCGAUUAUUAGAUUUUGGUAAAUUAUUUCAAUGUUCGUCCCUUCAUCUCACAUGUUAUUUUUGUUUUGGGAUGUUCUUUGGUGUGAUAAAUUGUACAUUUUUAUUUGUAUGGAAGGCCGGGUUUUAUAGGGAAAAUGUAAUGGCUGGGAGGACAAUGAAACUUGGGAAAUGAGGGGUAAUGUUGCAAAGGAAUUUGAUUAAUUGAAUUUGAAUAAAUUACUUAUAAUUAAUACACAUCUAGUCUCAAGAGCAUAUGGUAGUUUUAAGAAAAUUUUUAUAUGCUAUCCCCCUCUAAGAAGUUUUAUGUAUUUAGGUGGAUUUGUUAAACAGUGUUAGCUGAUUUAUAUGUAUCGCUAUUCCAACAGAUUCAAAUGAUCAACAAAGCCAAGUUUCAUAUCCAUUUGAUUCUUUAUGUUUGUACUUUUGUUGGCAUAUAUAUAAUCAUCAUUUUUCUGGUUCACAUUUACUUUAAAACUAUGCUAAGUGGCACAUAAGCAUUUGUUGAUUUGUUGCAACUGAUGGAGAAGAUUGACAUUUUAUAAAGAGCAGGUUAUGAACACACGGAGUCUUGCAAGCAGCAAGAUUGCAGCAUUAUUCGAUCAGGUCACUAUUAAGAAUGAAAGUUCGAAUAUGCAGUUGAUACUAUAGCUUCUUAAUUAGAUCACCGCUACCAGCCCAAAUUAGCAAAGCCAUGAGUGUGAAGGAAACUUGUUUAAUUUGUUUUGAAGACAUUUCUGGUGAUCGAAUGUUUUCAAUUGGUACUUGUGAACACAAAUAUUGCUUGCCUUGCAUGAAACAUCACGUCGAAAUAAGUUGGCAAAAUGGGAUCGUGGCACAAUGCCCUCAUAAAGACUGUAAGUGCGAAGUGAAUAUCGAUGGUUGUAAAAAAUUCUUGUCGCCUGAACUAGCUGCUGUUAUGAUCGAAAGAAUCAAGGAGUGUUCUAUUCCUGUUACAGAGAAAGUUUACUGCCCAUAUCCAAGGUGUUCCGCACUAAUGUCAAAACAGGAGGUCUUGGAACAUACCAAGACUUCGUUUGUUGGUGAGGGAGGCAGGAAGUGCAUGAAAUGUAAACACUAUUUCUGUAUCAAUUGCAAGGUUCCUUGGCACUAUGAUAUGAGCUGCUACGAUUGUCAGAGAUCCGAAACAUAUUCCUGCGUAGAAGACCAAUUGUUGAAAUCACUUGCAACGAAGAAACUUUGGCGCCAGUGUUCGAAGUGCAAUCAUAUGGUUGAACUUGAUAGUGGUUGCUACCACAUCACCUGCAGAUGUGGACAUCAAUUUUGUUAUACUUGUGGAGCUGAAUGGAAGAACAAGCAUGCAACAUGUUCCUGCCCGAUCUGGGACGAGCAUUUUAUUAUACGGCCGUGAUGACGAGUGUGACAUGUCAGUAUAUGUGAACCUCUCGUCGAAUUACAAAUAUGCACAUCUAAAGUUCUAAACAGAUAGGUUGAUAUAUUGAGUUUUCUUUUGAUUUCUCGUCAAUUUCUUUAGGUUUCUUUCUUAUGUUAAAGUGUAGUUGUAACCUGUACUAAGAGAUCAGAGAGGGCGUAGGAAGGGUGGUGGAGGACCAACAAUGCAGAAGGUAUUAAUGUGAAACAGAUUUUGUG